UAACAAAAAACGAGCAUCAUCUAAAAAAUACACACACACAAACACUAUAUAUAUGUAUAUAUAAUCAAAGAAAAAAUCAAUGGGAAAAUUCAUGAGAAAACCAAAGUUAACAAGAGACAAGGUGGCGAUAAUCGACGUUGUCGUAUCAUCACCAUCAUCUCUAGGCGUUCGAACUCGUGCCAAAACCUUAGCAUUGCAAAAACUUCAAGAUUCUUCAAAUUCAACCAUCCAAACACCACCGGAGCUCCGCCGUGAAGUGGGUUAUCUUCAGUUACGUAGCCGGAGACUAGAGAAGCAAAACCCAGAUCGUGGUUUUCUAAAUGGGUCGGGUUUUAUUGUGACCCGCGUUGAAAAAGCAGAACAAGAAACAGAGGAGUGUUGUUAUUUUGGUGAAAAUAAUGUUGAGUUUGAUGCUAGAGAAGAAAGGAGCACUCGAGAAAGCACUCCUUGUAGCUUGAUAGGCACCCCCAGUAGUUCUAGCAAAAGGUGUAGAAAUUUAGAAGCUUCUAAUCAAGUAACCCAGAAUACUAUUACACGGAGCAUGCCUCUAGCACAGGAGAUUGAGGAGUUUUUUGCCCGUCAUGAGCAGGAACAGCAGAGACAGUUUGCUGACAAGUACAACUUUGACAUUGUGAACGAAAACCCGCUUGAAGGAUGUUAUGAAUGGGUAAGAGUAGAAUCCUUAUAAUCAAGAUGGAUGGAUAUAUAUGGCAUUCAAGAAAGCUUGAAAUUAAAGGAUGUUGGUGUAUUUUCCCUUGGUUCUCCAGUGAAAAUGUAAAGGGCAAUAACGUACUAAUAAAAUGAUUGUGUGAUCUAAUGAUAGAAAUCACACAUUAACCUCUUAAUUAGGGUAGAAUGUGUAGAGCAAAACCAUGUAACUUUGUAGGCUUAGUUGUUUCAUGUUUGUCUAGAUUUGCAAGUAGUUAAUAAUUGUCAGAGUUUCAUUUUUCAU